UACAUGUUUAAGUAAUCAUACAUGUGGGCUUCUAUUUGUUCAUCACUUCAUUAGUGUAGUGUUAAUAGCCUCGAAAUGAAACAGCUUCUUCUUAAUCAUUUUCUUAUUUUUAGGUGAGCAAGAGAAGAUACUGGUACUCAAGAAACUUUCACUCUGCAAUGUCUCCCAAUUCAACAACAAUGUCUGUGAAUGUUACCUUUGGUAGACCACUGUUUUAUAUUAAUGGUUUUUCUAAUAUGUUGUAUGCAAACUAUUAUUUUAUGUUCUUGUCUGUUGUUUAUGUUUUAACAAUAUUAGCCAAUGCAUUUCUAAUGCUAGUAAUAUGUGUAGAACAAAGUUUACAUAACCCCAAAUAUGUUGCUGUUUUUCAUUUAGCUGUAGUUGAUACCUGUUGUAGUACAGCGGUAAUCCCAAAUCUAAUUCACACAUUCAUUUUCAGCUCCCAGUUUAUUGUGUUCGAGGCCUGCCUAGCUAAUAUGUUUUUUGUGCAUUUUUUUAAUGGAUUGCAGUCCCUUUCUCUUGUGCUGUUGGCAUAUGACAGAGUAAUUGCCAUAUGUUUCCCAUUGCAUUAUCACACAAUCAAUACUAACACUAGAAUGAUUAUAAUUAUAGUUGUAUUUUGGGUAUUCUUCUCAGUUAUGUUGCUUGUCGUGGUCCUUUUAGUUGCACGGCUGUCCUUCUGUAAAUCUACAGUGAUUGACAGUUUUUUUUGUGAUCAUGGACCUGUUUGCAAACUGGCCUGUAAUGACAUAUCAGCCAAUUCCAUUUUUGCUAAACUCUUAAUUGCAUUAUUUUUAAUUUUACCAAUGGUCCUCAUUAUAUUGUCAUAUGCAUGCAUUGUAUUUCAACUUUUUAAAAUUACAUCUAGAGAGGGUAAAAGAAAAGCUCUUAAAACAUGUACCUCCCAUUUAAUAUUGGUAAUAAUAUUUUUUUUGCCAAUAUUAGUGACAUAUGCAACAGCAAUGGUCUCUGCUAUUCAUCCCAAUGCUAGAAUCUUAAAUAACUCAUUGUCUGCUACCAUUCCACCUCUCUUGAACCCCAUCAUUUACACUCUGAAAACUGAAGAAAUAAUGGAAGCGAUUAAAAAGUUAUAUAAAAAAACUAGAUUUUCUUGAAACAAAGUUGAUAUUAGUAGGGUAUAAGUUUACACCUACUGAGUGCAUCAUAUUAUGUUAAAAUAUAUAUAAAAAAUAUACAAAAUACAGGUAUAUACUGUAACAUGUUAAUGGAGAAAAUGACCCUACGGCAGAUGUUCAUGUAUAAUUCAUCUGGAAUGAGUGAUGAUUUGUGAUAGCCUGUUGUGUUAGUUUUUAUUUGCCUUGGGUCUUAGUCAUGUUUACUAAAGCUCCUAUAUUUUACAAUGUUUUAACAGACACAUCUAUUUUGAUUGUAAUUUAGUCCAUGUGUGAAGAAAGGUGAAACUGUGAAAUACUUACAGAAAGCAAAUAUUAGAAGUUCAAUUCUUUAAAAUAUAAAAUAUUGUAGAAAUCUGUGUGUGUGUUGAAUUGGCUGUAACGCUGAGAUGACUUGUGAGUGUAACAGUUCUUGGAUUAAACUACAGUGUUU